GUCCGCCACGUGUUAAAAUCCCGGUGUCCUCCACAAGUAACCUUUCCUCAUCCUCAGUUUACCAUAACAAGCAACAACAACGCCAAGGACAACAGCACGCACGUGGACAUCUUGAGACUGCUUCAAUCUCAGCCGCUCGUCCCCACAUCCUUAACCUUCACCCAGUCUCAUACCCUUCACCUCAAGAAACAGUGCGUACCGUCACUAAAAUGCACCACCUUCGAAGCCCUGGCAGCUCACACGUGGCGCUCCUGGGUUAGAUCCUUGGAUCUGUCGCCCUUGCUCAGCGUGAAGCUGCUUUUCUCCGUGAGCGUACGGACGAGAUUGAACCCACAAAUCCCACAGGGUUAUUACGGCAACGGGUUCGUGCUAGGAUGCGCCGAGACCACUGUGAAGGACUUGGUCGGUGCAAACCUGCGCCACGGGGUUAAGUUGGUCCGACAGGCUAAAUCGGAUGUUAAUAAUGAUGAUUAUGUGAGGUCAAUGGUUGACUUAUUGGAGGACAAAACGCUGAAGACAGAUUUGAGUAGGAGUUUGGUUAUAUCGCAAUGGGCUAAGUUAGGGUUAGAGGACUUGGAUUUUGGAGAAGGGAAGGCAUUGCAUAUGGGUCCUCUAACAAGCGACGUUUACUGCUUGUUUUUACCAGUCGUUGGCGAUUUGGAUGCUGUGAGAGUGCUCGUGUCGGUGCCCGAAAGCAUGGCUGACAAGUUUGAAUAUUACAUGACAGAGUUUUUGAGUGUAGAAGAAAACAAUAAUGGAGAUCAUCAUCAUCAUGCUAAUGGUAAUGGAUAUCAUGCGGAAGAUCACAAUGGAAAUAUGGUAAAUUAAUAUUUUAUCAAUGACCUUCUGUUUUUUGGGUUUUAAGUCUUUCACUCUCAGCCAAUGUAUCAUGUGUAUAAGUUUCAUAAUGGGAGAGGGAGCAGCUCACUGUAACAUGAGUAUUUAUAAUUUUAAUUAUAA